CCUGCCACAAUGUACAAAACACAGCUCCUGCUUUGCAUUGCACUAGGUCUCGUACUUGUCAUAAACAGUGCACCUACUUCAGCCCCUAUGAAGGAAGCUCGAGGACAACUGGAGCAAGUACUGCUGGACCUACAGGUGCUUUUGAAAGCAGUUAAUAGUGACAAGAAUCUCAAACUGUCCAGGAUGCUCACGUUUAAAUUUUACAUGCCCAAGAAGGCCACAGAUUUGAAGCAUCUUCAGUGCCUAGAAGAAGAACUCAAACCUCUGGAGGGGGUGCUAAAUUUAGCUCAAAGCAACAACUUCCACUUGAAAGACAGCAGAGAUUUAAUCAGCAAUAUCAAUGUUACAGUUCUGAAACUAAAGGGAUCUGAAACAUUCAUAUGUGACUAUGAAGACAAGACAGCAACCAUUGUAGAAUUUCUGAACAGAUGGAUUAUCUUUUGUCAAGGCAUCAUCUCAACACUUACUUGAUCAUUUUGUGCCUCCCAUUUAAAAGUGUCCUAUUUAUUUAAAUAUUUAAAAUUUAUAUUUAUUUUGAAUAUAUGGU